AUGAUCCCUAAGCUACUGUCACUCCUCUGUCUCAGGCUGUGUGCUGGCCAAGGAAGCAGGACAACUGAUGAGUCCCUUCCCAAGCCCUCCCUCAGGGCCUGGCCCAGCUCGGUGGUGUCUCGCAAGAGUAAUGUGACGCUGCAAUGCUGGACUUCUACCAAGAAUGUCAACUUUGUUCUCAGAAAGGGAAAAAAUAUCUUGCAGUCUGUGCAAUCAUGGGCUUCCACAGAGGGCCUGGCUGAAUUUCACUUCACUGACCUAAACACCAACAAUGCUGGAGAGUACACCUGUGAGUACUACAGACUAGGGAGCCCGUACAUAAGUUCACAGCCCAGUGACAUCCUCCUACUGCUGGUGACAGGAGAUUUACCAAAACCUUCCCUCCAAGCCCACCAAAGGGGUGAGGUGACCGCAGGAGACACUGUGACCCUGCAGUGCCAGAGGCCAGACAAUAUUUUCGUGCCUGUAAUGUUCGCUCUACUGAAGGCGGGAGCAGCAGGGCCCAUACAGGUCCAGAGUCCUGCAGGGAAGGAGGCGGAUUUCUCCCUCCGGACUGUGACAAUCAGUGAUGCGGGGAACUACAGCUGUGUGUACUUUCUGGUGAAGGCUCCUUUCCUGACCUCACAGCCUAGUGAUCAUCUUGAGAUCCGGGUGACAGCUCCCCCAGAUGCCACGUCGGGGGAUUACACCAUGGGCAACUUCAUCCGACUGGGUCUGGCUGCCAUAAUGGUGGUGAUUAUGGGGGCUCUCGUGGUGGAAGCCUGGUGCAGCCAGAAGGAGUCUCCACGUGGAUCCGUAUGAAACACCUGAGCGCCUCUCUUGUUCAUGGGCUGCUGUAGUGACAUGGGGUUCUCUAAACACC